CCUCUCCCAAUUAUUCGCCGCUAAACCAAAACCUCCCAUCCAUUUUCCGGCAGCCAUGGCCGAGGCUGAGACCGACACCAACGCCUCCAAGUCCAAACCACGCCCCAUCGUACGCCUCGGGAUCUUCCUCAUCUCUCACAGCUUCUUCUUCAGUGUCGUUUUCUUCACCGCCGGAGUUUUGGCUCUUCUCCUGCUUCCGGUUCUCGCCAAGAACACCUACAUCUCCGAGAACUCGCUCAUGCCAGGCUCGGUGGCGCCCAUGCUUUCCAAUCAGGAGAUUGCGGAGGCGAAUAGAUUGAUAGACGACUUGACUGCUCUGAAUUCCAAUCCUGUUGGUUCGGUCAUAGGAAGUCGAAGGCUGGUAGCGCAGUAUAUGUUGAAUUUGGGUGCUGAAGUUAGUUUUCACAAGUUCCACCCUCAGUUAAACCAGUUUCACCCACUGCGCUUCUUUUCCAGCCCUGAUUCGGGGAGAAUCAAACAGAAUGUCAGUUGUGCGUUGCUCGGUGUCAACACUGUUGGGAUUAUAAGAGCACCGCGUGGUGAUGGGAAGGAAGCUAUUGUGCUGGUGACUCCUUUCAAUUCAGCGGAAGUUACCAAGAAUGAGGCCGUAUCUUUGGGAAUUGCGUACUCGGUAUUUUCCUUGCUUACCAGAGUCCCUUGGCUGGCCAAGGAUGUUAUAUGGCUCGUUGCAGAUUCCCAAUUUGGAGAGUAUGCCGCAGUUUCUGCUUGGCUAAGAGACUAUCAUACACCUGUAUUCAGCGGUCGGGGCACAAUAGAUGCAGAAAUGUGUCCUGAAAGUAGUAAUCUGCAUGGAUUGGACGAAGACCAAUUUACAAAAGGGAUGACUUAUGAUGGAUUUAAACGUGCUGGGACCAUGGCUGCGGCCCUUGUUAUGAAGGUUGGAGAUCGGGGUUAUCAAUAUGAGGACAGUCUAAGUAUCUAUGCUGAGGCAUCUAAUGGGCAGAUGCCAAAUCUUGACCUCAUCAAUACUGUGAAUUAUUUAGCAGUACAUAGGCAAGGUUUGCGGGUAAAAGUGGAGAAAUUGUUGUCUUUACUCAAUAUGAGAUGGCUUCAGAGGUUGGGGGAGAUGUUUGAGUUACUAGGACAAUAUGCCAGAAUCGUAAAUCCCCAGCUUAAAUUUGGUAUCCCAGCUGCGGAGUAUAUUGAGGGUAGUGCCACACUUGCCAGCUCAUUGUACUACCAGGCUUUGGGCGUACCCACCGGUCCCCAUGGUGCUUUUCGUGAUUACCAAGUUGAUGCAAUUACUGUGGAGUUUUUUCCCAGAGAUUAUAAUAUGGGUAACAAGAGACAAAAUGACUUCCUUCUGCGAAGUGGCCGAUUAAUUGAAGGAGUUGUGCAGUCCGUAAACAAUCUUCUAGAGAAGUUUCAUCAGUCAUUUUUUCUAUACCUGUUAACAUCUCCCAGUAAAUUUGUGUCAGUGGGAGUCUACAUGAUUGCGUUUGCACUACUAGUUGCGCCGCUCCCCAUGGUGGCUGCUUCUCUCUUCGUAAAUGCCAGUGAGUCUGAAGAUAGUCUGAACACUGAGAAACCUGAUUCUUUGGCGUCUGCUGCUGAUUCGGCUCCUUUGGUCACUGCUUGUGAGUCUUCUUCAUUGCUCGGUGACGCUAAUUCUGGUUCUUCAACCACUCCUGCUGGUUGCAUCACUCUCAACUCAUGGAAAUGGAUUAAUGCGGCAAAGAAAUCUUUUGUUGUCUACUUGUGGAGCUUUGUUGUUUCAGUACUCCCGUAUUUCAUCUGUCAGAUACCCAAUUGCACCCCAUCAACCAGCUUGAUAAUCUGGGUUUUGCUUUCAGUACUCAGCCUCGUAGUCAUGUACAUGAUUUUGGCUUCUUCCUUCUCUGAGGUUAAUGACUCUCUAUCUCGAAAAGAGUGGGCUAUCCUAAAAUCAGUGACUUUGUCAGCUGCAUUUAUUGGUUUGUGUCUUAUGUCGAUCAUCAACUUCGCUACAGCAGAAAUUGGUGGGUUACUGAUUGUCCCUAUGUGUUUGAUGGCCCAUCCUUUGAAGCUUGAUAUUGAAACUAGGAGCAUGAAAGCAAUGUCAAGAGCAGCUUGUAAUCUCAUUCUGGGGAUUGUAGGAUUUCCACCAGUUACUUUCAUACUUCUGAAAGGAGCAUUGGAGGGUUUCAGCAGCAUUAGUGUCGGUGACUUCUGGUCUUGGGUGGAAUCUCUUUGGGUUUGGAAUAGUGCCACUUACCUAUACAUUGGAGUGGUGCACCUGCCAUCUUGGGUUUUGUGUAUUCAUAUAUUGAUUCACCACUGUUAACAUGUUGUAAACUACUUUACCUUGAAUUAGAGAACGGUUAGACGAUUAGACA